AUGGAACUCGAAGGACUUGUCCCAAAAGCUUUCCUCAUCAUUGCUGGAAUCUCAAUUCUUUGCUGCCUCGCUAGGCCAGAUUUCAAUUUGCCACUAUUUGUAUUUGCUUGGCUCAUAUGGUCUGAAGCUGACAAGGUGAUAAUUUAUGUAGUCUCAAAGAAUCAGGGUUUUCUAUUUAAUGAUCAUUACUUUUAUUGUUGAUUUUAUUUGGCUUUGCUACUGGGGAUCUGUUUGGAAUAAUGAAAUUGACUCAGGAAACUGGGAAUCUGGAGUCCAUCACUUUGUGUUUGCAUUAUGUGUCAUCAACUUUAUUAUUCUGCAUUGAGCUAAUUUUAAGAUUUUAUUUAAAUUUUUCAUUAAAAAAAAUUUAAUGCCAAUACAAUCUUUUUAGGCAUAUAAAACUUGCGGCAAUUGUUCUUGCUGGAUUAACAGAAAAAGAAAACUUCAAAGAAAAUCUCCCAAGCGUAUUCAGUAGAGUUUUAGGCUAA